AGGUUCUCCGCCCUGGUUUGGUUAGUACAGCUUGGGGAAGACCUGAGCGAAGGCAUGCAGGCAAUAACAGAGCUGUGAACGCUCUCUCAUGGCUCCAAAAUACGCUCCCAGUCUUCGAGCCCGGCUUCCACCUGUGGCUUUUCUACUGCAAGUGGCUUUUAUUGUAAUUUUUGCCUUUUGUGUGAAAAUCGAGCACAAUGGGAGGGAAAAGAAUCAGAACUUCAUUAAUUCAUAUGCAAAUUUCCAGGAUAUCCAUGUGAUGCUGUUUCUUGGUUUUGGAUUCUUGGGUACGUUCCUGGUGCGCUAUGCUUUCAGCAGCUCAGCGUUCAACCUGUUGGUUGCUGCCAUGGCUGUGCAAUGGGCCACCAUCCUAAAUGGCUUCCUGCUGUCUCAUAGUUCAGACAGGGUGAUCCGCAUCCAGUUAAAAAGCCUGGUGGACGCUGAGCUGUGUGCGGCUUCGACUCUUGUGGCUAUGGGAACCAUCCACGGAAAAACCAACCCGGUCCAGCUACUGAUCUUCGCUCUGAUAGAGGUCACAGGAUUUGUGCUAAACCAGUGGAUCAUACAAACCUUGUUCCAGCCAAGACAAGAGACACAAUGGCUGUACAGCAUGGUGCUCAUCAACAUCUUCGGCGCUCUCUUUGGCAUGAUGACAUCGUGCCUGCUUUUCCGUAGCAAGAUACAGCAGAAGUUCGAGAAAGAGAAGGUCAGCAGGAGGACUGGUCUCUUUGCCAUGUUUGGGACUUUGUUCCUGUGGAUGUUCUGGCCCAGUUUGAACGCAGCACUGGAGCCGGACAUCUCUGCGAAAUCUAACACGUAUCUGUCUCUGGCUGUCAGCGCCGUCACAGCGAUGGCCGUGUCUGCGCUCUCCAGCUCUAAAGGCAAGAUCAACCUGGUACACGUCCAGAGCUCCAUGCUGGCCGGCGGUAUCGCUGUCGGAGCCGUCGUGACCUCGUCCCCUGCUCCAUGGAUCGCCAUGACGAUCGGCUUUUGCGCUUCUCUCUUGUCAGCUCUGGGAUUUCGAUAUAUGAAGGACCACAUGCUGUUUGCUUUCGAUUGCCACGAUACCCUGGGUGUCCUGUGUGCUCAUGCAGUGCCGGGAAUUCUGGGAUGGUUUGCUCAACUCAUCUUGCGACUUAUGAGCAUCAGCCACAGUACCAUUGCCUUCCAGUUUGUGUUGCAUUACGUCUGUAUUUUGCUCAUCACAGUCUUUGUGAGUCUGGUUAUGGGUACUAUCACAGGAAUCCUUUUGAAAUGCAGCUUGUGGAAACCUCAGAGAGACAAUAAGCGCUAUGAUGACCAGGCCUACUGGGAGUUCCCACAUCUGCUGGAGGACAAGUGAGGCCAAUGUCCAAGACCAUAAGGGAAAAUCUAAGGACUUGUGUAUGUGUUUUCUGUGUAUGGUUUAUCUUUGGGGGUUUGAUAAGGGUCAAAAAUAAACAUAAGGUCAUACUCAGGAAGAUGAAUAGGCAUUCAGAUAAGGCUAACUCAUUAAAAAUAGCUUUUCAUUGUGGUUUAUAUGUUAUAGAAGGUUUAUAUGUUUAUAUAAAGUUAGCGAGAAUUUGGGAAGAUUUUCAAGUCAGUGUUAUAAACCUUUUAUGCCAUGAAUUUUAAAAAUGGCAGAGAAUUAUUUAAUUAUAAUAAAAAUAAAUAAAUAAAUAAUAAUAAUUGUUCUUCUUUUUCUUCUUCUUCUUCUUAUUAAAUCAUAUGUACUGCAGGCUGCAAAUAUGGCACUU